AUGCAUUUAGAAAUAGCCAGUAAAAAACAAGCUUCUUCCUUCCUUCAUCAGUCAGUAGAUCGAUCAUUGGAUAAUGCUUCGUCUUUUUCUCGACAGUAUAUAACACAUUGUUUGGCUAUCGAUCGGUCAACAUUUAUCCAUUCUUUUCUCAACGAACAUACACGCAGCAUUCGAUUGCAUUUUAACGUUAUCACAUAUUAUUUCAUCAUGUUUAACGUACGCCUUGUUUCUUGCAUUAUACUUAUUUCGCUUGUGUUGUCAUCAUUCGCAGCAAUUGAAGCACCAUGUCAAUGGUAUGGAACAGCUCCAUUAUGUUUUAUUGGAAAUUCAUGUCCUACCAAUUGUCCGCAACUGAAGUCUGACAAUCGUGGUGAUGGUGCAAGAUGUUGGUUUGGUGUGAAAAAUUAUUGUUGUUGUGCUAAGAAGACCAUCGAUUCAAUUAUUAACACUAUUGCCAACGCUUAA